AUGGGUCUGGCCCCGCUGGCGCAUUUGCUUUGGAGCCGUGUGAUUACGUGCGACCCCAAGGACUCGAAGUGGCUCAACCGUGACCGCUUCGUUCUGUCGAACGGCCACGCCUGUGCGCUGCAGUACAUCAUGCUGUAUCUGAUGGGCUACCAGUUGUCCAUGGACGACCUCAAGUCGUUCCGCCAACUGAACUCCAAGACCCCUGGCCACCCCGAAGCUAACCACACUGACGGUGUUGAAGUGACCACCGGUCCUCUAGGCCAGGGCUUUGCGACGGCCGUCGGUCUAGCGAUUGCUGAGCGUAGCGCCGCUGCUACCUUCAACAAGGAGGGCUUCGAGAUCUUCAACAACUACACCUACACGAUCCUCGGUGAUGGAUGCAUGCAGGAAGGUGUGGCCUCGGAGGCUGCCUCGCUGGCGGGUCAUUUGAAGCUGUUCAACCUCAUUGCCUUCUACGAUGACAACAGUGUCACUAUCGAUGGCGACACCAACGUGUCUUUCACGGAGGAUGUGCCGAAACGCUUUGAAUCGUACGGAUGGAACGUUCUGUCGAUCACCAAUGGUGAUGACGAUAUCAAGAGCGUGUUCGAGGCUAUUGAGAAGGCCCACUCCGAAAAGGAAAAACCUACGCUGAUCAUCCUUAAGACGACAAUUGGCUUCGGUUCCAAGAACCAGGGUACCGCGAGCACGCACGGUUCGCCCCUCAAGGCGGAUGACAUUGAACAGCUGAAGGAGAAGUUCGGUUUCAACCCUAAGGAGAGCUUCGUCGUGCCUGACGAGGUUGCCGAAGCAUACGCGUCGUACGCCAAGCGUGGUAGCGAGAAGCACGCUGAAUGGAACAAGAUGUUCGAAGAAUACGGUAAGAAGUAUGAGAAGGAACACAGCGAGAUCCUGCGUCGCGCUGCGCACAAGCUCCCCGAGGGCUGGGAGAAGGUCUUGCCUCGCUACCAGCCCAGCGACAAGCCGCUGGCCACCCGUAAGCUCUCUGAGAUGGUUCUGCAGGAAAUCAGUUCGGUGGUGCCUGAGAUUCUUGGUGGCUCGGCAGAUCUGACGGGCUCGAACCUGACGCGCUGGAAGGAGGCCACAGACUUCCAGAACCCGACUCUGGAGAUUGGCAACUACGCUGGUCGUUACCUCCGCUAUGGUGUGCGUGAGCACGCUAUGGGCGCCAUCUUGAACGGUCUCCAUGCCUACGGUAUGCACAUCCCCACUGCCGGCACUUUCCUGAACUUCGUGACGUAUGCAUGGGGUGCUCUGCGUCUCUCUGCGCUGUCCCACUUCCAGGUUAUCUGGGUGGCCACCCACGACUCGAUUGGCCUGGGUGAAGAUGGUCCUACGCACCAGCCUAUCGAAGUGGCUGCCGCUCUCCGCGCGCUGCCCAACAUGGACUACUGGCGCCCGGCGGACGGAAACGAGGUUUCGGCAGCCUAUAAGAUGGCUCUUGAGAGCCCUACUACGCCCUCGGUGCUUUCGCUUACCCGUCAGAACCUGCCCCAGCUGGAAGGCUCUUCGAUCGAGAACGCCAUUAAGGGUGGAUACGUCCUGAGUGAGGACAGUGAUGCCGCUGUGACUCUGGUUUCGACAGGUUCUGAGGUCUCGAUUUGCCGUGACGCCGCCGCUCAGCUCCGUGAGCAGGGCAUCAAGGCUCGUGUGGUGUCGAUGCCUUGCUUCAGUGUCUUUGAUAAGCAGCCGCUCGACUACCGCCUGUCGGUGCUUCCCUCCGGCCACCCGAUUUUGUCGGUGGAGGCCUACAGCACGCUGGGCUGGGGCAAGUACGCGCAUGUCCACCACGGCAUCAACUCGUUCGGUGUUUCGGCACCCUACCAGGAGGCUUACAAGCACUUCCACAUGACCGACAAGGAUGUGGCAGAGAAGGCUGCCAAGGUCGUUGAGUACUAUAAGUCGCUGGAUCAGAAGCUGUACUCGCCGGUGGAGGUGGAAGCCCACUUUAACCACUAG